GAACGUCCGUGAUCAUUGAAGUUCGGAGGAUCCGAAAGAUUCAUUGUGGUUGCCAUAUAGAGACAGCCAGCGGAGAAGGACGGAGCGGUGGCCGUCGCGUGCUUCUAAUAACCUUCCAUAAAUUCGUAUUAUCUAAACUCCCUCGGACCCUUCCAAUAGGCCGCCAUUGAUCGCCCAUCCGGCACUCUUCCGACGUCCUUGCCGCGCGGCGGCCGCGCGGGAAGCGCAUAAAAGCUGCAAGCGGGCCGCGCGAACACACCAGGCAGGUAGCCUGCGCACCUGCGAACGGAGUCAAAGCGAUUGCGUAGACCGGAACGUGGCCGCGCACCAGUGAGAAUCGAGAUCCCGCCUUGUCCAGACCCGCUAUCAACGCGGCAAAACUUCGCGGACGGAAAUAAUAAAAGAGAGGGAGAGAAAGAGAAAGAAAGAGAAAGAGAGAGUUUCGAUGCAUCGAAAGCACGAGUGACUCUCGAUGUGGCUGAAGUUGAAGUGGCGUAAUCGUCGGCGAUGUCAUCUCUACCGAGCACGAUCCUAAGAUAACUGGGACGCUCGAUGGAUGGAAACGGUGAUGCACAAUCGGACGUUUCUAAUUGUUUCGCAGAUAUGUUCAGAUAAUACGGUCUGCGAGGUGUUCCCGAGACCGUAAGUCGAAGCGGAUAUCGCGAUAUCGCUUUGCAACGAAAGCACCCGAAUGAGGAUUGGGAUUAUUGACGAAUGUGUGCUGUCUGUAGGGGUGAGAUCGUAGUUUCGCAGAUAUGUGUUAACUUUUCUUCGUUUGUGUUCGCUUCGACAGAGUCAACGAGCGAAGUGGAACCGCGACGCACGUGGCCGCGCAAUUUCCGCGCGCUUCGCGUUUCAAAUUCGAUCCUUGACGUUGGACCGUCGGAUAUACACCUGCACGACGCGCGUUGACACGCAGGCGUCGCCAACAUGUUGAUCAACAUGUCUCGUGUCACGCGCCUUCACCGAAUUAGUCGAUUAAUUCCAGGAAUGGUUCUUUCAUCAACCUCGUCCUUUAAUCGCACACCACUUGCUUAUUUGCUCUUUUCUACUUUGAAUAUAUAUUACUUUUGAAAUAAGGCUUAUUUCUGUGAGAUAACAUUGAUUUCCGCGAGACAAACUUCCUGUGAGAUAAAUCUUAUUUCCAGAUAAAUUUUUAAGUAUUUUUCUCUUAAUGUGUUAUGUAAUUUCACUCACUAUUUGCACAUUGAUCCGUUCACGCUUUUCACACGACACUUUAUUGUUAGUUUUCUGAUAAAAACAUGCCGCGUGGUCAGUUCGCCGACGCGACAAAAUACAAUAAUGCAUUUGACUGAUACAAUCUUCUACUUUUCCUCAGCGCACGCCGCUAAUAUUCACUCAGAGUGUGAUGUGACAUCGACGUGAUCCAACGGGAGGCUCUCGAUUCACCGUGCAUCGAGGAAGUAUGAUGCUCCGGCAUGGCAGUGAAGUGCGUGGAAGGCCCUUUUGUGUUCAGGCUAAACGAGAACAGCACCGGACCGCUUCUACUUGUACAGGUUUGCACGGAACGCGGAUGGCGGGAGUACGCCGGCGAAAAUAAUGUAUUCAAAGAUCGAUGGAAUUUAUGGUGGCGGUCCGGCGGUUUCUCCACGUCGCAUUACAGGCCAUUACUCCCCUGGCAGUUCGUGAAUCGGAUACCAAAAGGAAAUUCCAUCUGCCGGAAGGAUAAACUGAUACGCCACUUGAAGUGCAUGAAGAAAAUUCACGGUUCAAUUUAUGACUUCAGCCCCGAAGGAUACAACUUGCCUUCCGAAUACACGAGAUUAGCUGAAGAGUGCAGUCGUUACGAAAAGGACGACAAAGUUUGGAUCUGUAAGCCGGUCGGUCAAAGUCAGGGGAGAGGGAUUUUCUUGUUUCGUAAAUUAAGCGAUCUGUCGUACGACAAUGCCGCAGUUGUGCAGAAGUACAUUGAGAAUCCUCUGCUGAUCGGCGGCUACAAAUUCGAUCUUCGCUUGUACGUGUGCGUACCGUCGUAUCGCCCGUUGACGAUCUACCUGUACAAGGAAGGCUUGGCUCGUUUCGCCACCGAGAAAUUUUCCCUGGAACGUUUGGACGAUCCUUUCCGACACCUCACGAAUUUCUCUCUGAACAAAUUGGGACCAGGAUACUCGGAGAAAAAGGAACGCAUUGGUUGCAAAUGGACGUUUCGACAACUAAGAAGAUACUUCGAGCAAUCGGGAUAUUUCGAUUGGAUUCUUUGGCAGAGAAUCUCGUGUCUAGUGACUCUGACGAUCCUGAGUCAAGUGGCAAGCAUUCCCAGAUCCUCGAAUUGUUUCGAAUUUUUCGGUUUCGACGUAUUGAUCGACGAGAAUUUGAAGCCGUGGCUCUUAGAAGUGAAUUUGAGCCCAGCUUUAAGUAACGACUGCGAAGUCGACUCGGAAGUGAAGAAGCCCUUACUGCACGAUCUGUUUGAUCUGUUAGGUCUUCCAGUGUGUAACACCGGACUAUCCCUGUUCACAAUCUGGUCCUCCGAUCGCCACAUCGAGGAUGAGGACGAAGUGUCUUCCAAAUUCGGCCGCUCUACGAAAAAGAAGUCGAGGCUCGGACGAGAAGCCGACGCUUUCCUAAAUCUCUCCCCGGAGACUCGAGCCACGCUGAGACAAUCAACGCCGGAAGUUUGCCCAACUGCCUGGUCUCGUUACAAUUCGCUGUUAAUGGACCGCCGUGGCUUUAAGGGAAGCACGAUCGAGGAUCGUGCAUCGCCACCGAUCUGGGACAACGGCAGAGAUUGGAGAACCCCCUGUGUGAGGGAAGGUGGAUGGAUUCGUAUCUGUCCGUUUAUUCGAACGAAACAUGUGAAAAAUACGGAAUAUGCAAGACCGUCGCCCAGAACGACCGAGAACGAAAUCAAGAAUAUGGUCCUUUGUAUACGAAAGUACUUAAAAGCCGCGAAAGAAGUGCAACACAGGAAUGAAAAGUUGAAGGACGAGCAAUGCAAUAGUCUUCUACAAAACGCGAUCGAACUGGACACGGAAGUUUGGCUGCCAGAGAAGUGAAAGUCUGCACUUUUCCUCGAUCUCGCCCAUAAUUUCCAAAUUUACUCGUCUAUUGUAUUUAUGCUUUUACUCUCAAAUUAUACAGCACUAUUUUAAAAGAUACUUCGAACAAUGUAUACUAUAAUGUAUGCGUCUCUUUUUGUGUUGUGUAUUCCAACGAUCUUUGUUAUGCAUACUUCGUAUAAAUUGCCUUUGAAACCCGUUCCUACUCAUUCUCACUUUUUAACGGUACGACGGUAAUUCAUAUGUACUUUUAUCUUCAAAUUUACCAAUUCAGCUAGACGGAAGAAAUUCUCUUGUUUUCAAGAAACAUUAUCAGGUUUUUGCACAAUUUUAUACAUUUUACACUUUAGUGUUAAGUGUUAAGGAUCGCUUUUCUCGACGGUGAAAAAUUGCACAGCAAAUAAAAAAAUCUUUUUCAAGUUGUACAACUUAACAACAUAUUAUUCAAAGAAUAUUCAAUUCGAAAAAAAAAAACCGUCUGAUGUGCUUAUGACGGUCAUUGUCUGUCUUGUUGAGUUCGUUGUUUGUUAAUAACUCACUCUGACUCGGUAGACAAACAAAAAUUAUAGAUGGACAAAUGCGGACAAUUGAUUCCACUGUGUAAUUUGAAAGUCUACUUUUGAAAGGGUUCAAGUCAAAUAAGAAAAAAAAAAGAGAAAAGUAAAUUUUUUUCUCAAAAGUGAGAAAAAAGUAAAAUAAGUUUCUA